GUAGCUAACGAUACGGGAAACGAUACGGGAAACAAAACGGUCCCAGCGACGGUCGACCGCGGUCGUUUUUUUACAGUUAGUUUCUUGGCCGAUUUAGCCGCGACUAGUUCAUGGUUCGGGAAAAUUUGGAGGCCCUCGAAACAAACGUCUGGCUUAGAAUUUCGACUGAAUUGCGGAUUCUCGUGCGAGCCGAAGGAGGAAACACCAGGAACGCCAUUUUUUUCGAGUGAAGAUCUGCGAACUUAAAUUCACCGAGUAUUAUAGGCCACCUUCUCAAUUCUGAGAAUCGCGUUUGUGGUACAGUAGCUUUAACCUGAGAAUAUAAAAGUGGAGCGAAACUUCCAGAUAACAAGUCAAAACAUGCUCAUUUUCGAUGUGGCUUCUGAAUUAUUUUGAAACUACAAGCGCAUUUCUGUAGAGAUAUGUGUGUGACACUUGUGUAGAGACACAUACAAAUUAGUAAUAAUUCAUUGAAAUUGUGUGAACUUUUAAAACGACAUUUCCGUGCUAACAGAUACCAAUCGAUUUGGGAUUUGCAUAUCCUUUAUACCGAAAGCGCUCACCACGAGAGGAGAAGGUUCAUUACAGGAGAAGCAGGAGGACUCUUUUCCGUCCCUGAAUCCCCUGAAGCGGGAGGAAGGCCGCCACGUUGGAAGGAAAACGGCUUUUCACGGCAGUUAAUAAAUUUUUAACUGGUUCAACAAUUGCCCGCGAGUUUCGCCAACUAAUGACGAGAAACGCGGCGGUGAGUGGCGAUGAACCCGACGAGGAGCAGGCGUCUGCGGCGGUCGCUGCAGGUGAGGAUCAGGAGACUGAGAACCAGGUAAUGCAGGACAGCGAGCAACCAGGAGGCGGGGGCCACCACCUGACCAGCGAACAGCAACCAUCGACAGAGCAGGGUCGUCAGAGGCCGCGAAAAAAAGUGUCGGAGAAACAACCACAACGAAGUACUGCCAAUCCGCAUCCAGAGCAGGCGGAUGCGGACACAGAUUCCAGCUCCUGCGAGGGCAUCAAAGUGGGUCAGCGGAGGAGCACGCGGGUGAGCUACGCUCAGAGAAAUCUUCAUGGGCAAGAUGUGGACGACUAUGACUAUGAUGAAGAGGGACAGGAAGAUGGCGAGGAGGAGGAGGAGGAAUCCUACGACGACUACGAACAGUUCUCGAUGCCGGAAGGACGUCGACCUUCUGCCCGAACCGCCUUGAGCGUCCGCAGCAGACGAAAGACGAAAACCCGUCAGAUUUCCUAUGCCUCCUCGGACUUGGAGUUGGGAAUCGGCGACGGAGCCAACCUAAUCGACGGCGAGAGUCUGGAUAAACGCCGCUGCAUCUCCAAGGGACAAAUGCGGGAAUUCCGGGAGGCCUUUCGGCUCUUCGACAAGGAUGGCGAUGGCUGCAUAACCAAGGAGGAGCUGGGCACAGUGAUGCGAUCACUGGGACAGUUUGCCCGAGUGGAAGAGCUGCAGGAGAUGUUGCAGGAGAUCGACGUGGACGGGGAUGGCAAUGUCAGUUUCGAGGAGUUCGUGGAUAUCCUGUCCAACAUGACGUACGAAGACAAGUCAGGCCUAUCCUCCGCCGAUCAGGAGGAGCGGGAACUACGCGACGCCUUCCGCGUCUUCGAUAAGCACAACCGGGGAUACAUUACAGCCUCGGAUUUGCGAGCCGUGCUGCAGUGUCUGGGGGAGGAUCUAGACGAGGAGGACAUUGAGGACAUGAUCAAGGAGGUGGACGUGGACGGCGAUGGGCGCAUCGACUUUUACGAGUUCGUUCACGCAUUGGGAGAACCGGAGGACUCGCAGGAAAACGACGAUGAGGAGGAGAAUACCACAUCGCCGCUGCCCACACCAAAAUCGGCAAUUUCCCUAAGCUACGACUAAGGCUAACUGACUUUGCUCCAUGUCUGUUUGUCCACGCUGAUUGUGAAGAGAGGGGAAUCCAAAGUUUAAAUAAUAUAUUAACUUAUUUGCCAACUUGCAAUAAUAUGAACCGACAAGCAUGUUCAUCAAUAAUCGAACGUCAAGGACUCGAAAGGUGUCGUUUAUUUCUUAUCGACUUUUUCCAACUACUAAGCCAUAGUUAAUCGAGAAGGCAUCGAUUGACCAGUAUUAGGCAAACAAAUUAAAUAGAACUU